GUUCACUUCGCUGUUGCGCCAGGACAUUAGGGAUCCUCAAUAUUUUACAGCUGAAUCUCUGAAGUGCUGGAGGAAAAGAAAGUCAGUCACAGACGUACGGUCCAAUGCCAGUUCAAACUGGAGGAAUGGAAGGGAGGAUCGCGGUGGCAGCGCCAGUACUACUGUCAGAGAGAGAGAUUCAACAUCGGUCUAUGGCAGAGGAGGAUCCUAACGGGAAUGAGCACGGUUCGGCUGCCCGCAGCACGGCGCCUCGUUGGGGACCGCAGCAUGCAGGGGCCCGACAACUUGCAACACUGUACUCACCUGGUAAGCGACUACAGGAGUGGAUCAGUGUAGUUCUGUGCCUCUCUCUCUUCAUCAUCAACCUCUCCUUCCUUCUCCUCAACUUCUCCGCUGUGCACAUCUACAAAAUCAUAUUCGGUAUCUUAAUGGGGAUAGUGAUGGCAGACUUUGCAUCUGGUAUGGUGCACUGGGGAGCAGACACCUGGGGCUCUGUGGACAUCCCUGUCCUUGGGAAGGCAUUCAUCCGCCCAUUCCGGGAACACCACAUUGACCCCACAGCCAUCACUCGACAUGACUUCAUAGAGACCAAUGGGGACAACUGCAUGCUCACAAUACUGCCCCUGGCACAUAUGGCCUACAAGUUCCUGACGUACCAGCCAGAUGCCCUAGCAGAGACCUACCCCUGGCAGUGCUUUGUGUUUGCACUGGCAGUCUUCGUGACGUUGACCAAUCAGAUCCAUAAAUGGUCUCACUCCUACUUUGGUCUUCCCCGCUGGGUGACGCUUCUGCAGGACUGUCACCUGGUGUUACCACGGAAACACCACCGCAUCCACCAUGUGUCCCCUCAUGAGACCUACUACUGCAUCACCACAGGGUGGUUGAACUACCCUCUGGACAAGGUGGGCUUCUGGCGGAGGAUGGAGAGGUUGAUAGAGAGAGUGACAGGUCACACGCCUCGGAGUGAUGACAUGGAAUGGACCAAGAAAAUGGAGUGAAGGGCUCUGGGACUCUCUCUGGACCAGUAGGACAGUGGGGUGGGGGUUUUGGGUUGGCGGAUUAAGACUGGGAAGAGUUUUUCCUGCUUUUCACCCACUUCCUGUGUCUCUCUUCCUUACCCCUUACACUAUAACACGCCUACAGUAUAUACUUCCUUGUCAUGGCACAGCACCUCAGCAAUGACACUAGUAAUGCGGCCUUCUAGAUACUUCCAAGAUCCAUCCGUUCUUUACUUUUGUUAGGUAUUUGCUUUUUCAGUGUUGCAAGAGAAGCAGUCCACAGUCAGACUCUGUUUGCAAUAGUAGGUCCAGUGGCAGAUCUGGGGUUGACUUUGGAGAUGUUUUGUCCUUUUUGUGACCCCAUUUCUGUUAACUGCUCAUCCUUCCAUCCAAUGGGCUUGUAUCUCCUUACAUAUCUUAACCAAUUAGCUGUUAUUUUAUUGUGUCAGUGUAAGAGGUUUCUGGAGGAUGGGCUCUCCAGGGGACAAACCAUGUUGCCUUCUCAGGCAUUGUCUUACAUGACACAGAGAAAGAGGCUGUCAUCUGGAUCCAAGUUCAGCUUAAUGUAAGAAGGCAACCAUAUUGCUCCUUACCUAAGUUGGGGAAAAACAACCAAAUGUCUUACCUACAGUAUGUAUUGUCCUUUUAAAUGUAUCGAUUUUAUUUGUUUGAUUCAAUGGAAUUUGUUUUGAAAUUAUGUUUAGAUCAAUCAUGGUGCAAUGAAACGUUGACUCAAACAAAUGUCCCUCACCUCUAGUAACUACGUGACGAUGUUCACAGAUUCUUCCCUACUCAUUUGGUCAGGUAAGAGUAGAGAACCACAGAGGAUCAAACAGCAGGCAAUUUAUUUUGAAGACUGUAAUGAAAUUCUUUCUACCUUCAAAAGGUAAAUAUCUGCACUUUACUGACUUACCCAUAACUAUGUUUAUAAGACAGUCCUGUCAGCAUGCACGCACGCACACACAGACACACACGCACGCGCAGGUUGACUUUUGUCAUGAGUCUUUGUCCUGGAGGCAGAACUGAGCAAUUUCCCCUUUGAUAGGCCAGCUGCAAAGUCAAAAUUGUCUAUAUUGAAGAAGAAAAAAAAUCGAAUUAUUUUUGGUCUUAAUGUAAGGUUAGUGUUAGGCAUAAGGGUUAGCAGUGUGGUUCAGGUUAGUGUUAGGCAUAAGGGUUAGCAGUGUGGUUAAGGUUAGUGUUAGGCAUAAGGGUUAGCAGUGUUGUUAAGGUUAGUGUUAGGCAUAAGGGUUAGCAGUGUGGUUAAGGUUAGUGUUAGGCAUAAGGGUUAGCAGUGUGGUUAAGGUUAGUGUUAGGCAUAAGGGUUAGCAGUGCGGUUAAGGUUAGGCAUAAGGGUUAGCAGUGUGGUUAAGGUUAGUGUUAGGCAUAAGUGUUAGCAGUGUGGUUAAGGUUAGGGUUAGCAGUGUGGUUAAGGUUAGGGUUAGUUUUAAAAUCUGAUUUUAUGACUUUGUGACUGUGCCAGCUAGUGACCACUGCAGAGCUGCCUCCAGAACAAGAUUCAUGACGAAAAACGCUAACUUGCCACACACACACAGUUCCUGUCCAUCAUUGCAUUGAAUCGCUUGGACAGCUCGAAAGCAGCCAUAAUACACCCAGUUGAAAUAAGUAUGGUGUUUUCAUCUUUGGGUUCAUACCAGCAGCUUUUGGUUUUCUGUCUGGCUUUAUAACGUUACAUUUUUUAUAUUAACAGAUCAGCCUUGAAUUUAAUUAUUACUUCCCAUCAUGCAACUAUUGCUCACAGCUAGUCUGCCUUAAUGUUUUUUUAUCUGCUGUAUGAUUUAAUAAAGCUCUAUUAAUUGAA